UUUCAAUAUGAUUGAACCUCCGGAAAGACUCAGAAAAGCCGUCAUACAAGGUAACCUACCUAUAACCAAACGACUUUUAUCAAGAUUCCCUGAACUUUGGCUAAAUGUGGAUCCAAAUCAUAAAGGUUGGUGUAAUUUACACUACGCGUCAUACCAUGGGAACUAUUUGGUUUGUUUCCAUCUUAUAUCUUUUAUAAAUCAAAAUAUCCGAGGAUUGAAAAACGAAACUUAUUCCGCUACUAAGGAUAUGAUCACUUUUGAUGAAAUGACCGUCUUACAUCUACCGCUAAUUAAUCAUCACUCUCAGACAUUACAUUAUUUAUUACAGGAAUUCCCAGGUAACUUAUGGUUGAAUUAUCCCGGUGGCACGUUAAAGCAAACUCCGUUACAUUAUGCUUGUAUCUAUGGGUUCAAAGAAGGUGUUACUUUGUUAUUGGAGUUUGGCGCUGAUUAUAAAAUUAAAGAUUUAAACGGUAAUACUUGCCUACAUCUUUGCUUCCAAUAUGGUCAUUUUGAUUGUCUAAAAGUCAUAAUAAAAUUCUUACUAUCAAAUAACUUGAACAAUUUAUAUCACAACGAGUCUGUUAAGAACUUGAACAAGGAUAAUUUGGUGUCAAAUUUUGAAAAAUUCGAAUCAAUAAAAAAUUCAAAUGGCUGGUGUGCGAUUGAUUAUUCUUCUUCUUUCCAAUUAUCAAAUGAUUAUUCGAAUUUCAAAUCAGAAGUAAUAACCAACUUAUCAAACGCUCCUUCAAACACUGACAUUUCUUCUUUAAUUGCCAACCAUAUCACUGAUCCAAGUACGACAACUUCUAACAUGAGUGGCCAUCCUUCUACAUCUUCAUCGGCAUCUUCAUCUUUAUAUCACUGGAAUAAUAUUAACAAAUCCCAGACCUCAAUCUUGGAGAAUAAAGUCCUAUCGAGCCCAAUUGUUCCUGUGAUUCAAUCCACACAACAGCAAACUCUGAAUUUAACUCGCAGUUUAUCCCACAACCCUCAAAAAAAAUUAUCAAAAUCAUCAAGUAUUUCUAAUUCCAUUAAUCAAUCGAAUGGCUCGAGUAUAAAUGAUGUUAAAAUUGAUAGUAAAGUUGAUAAAACGAAAAAGGGUAGAGCUCAUUCUCAAUCAUUACCAACAACUACCCCCUUUCCUGAUAUUUCAUCUAGCAAUGAAGAAUCUCAGGAUGAUUCAGAAUUAAUCAAGAAUUUAUCCAACGACAAGAUUAAUGUUAGAAAAAGAGCCAAUACGUCUUACAAUUAUGAAAGACCAAGUCCUAUCACAAUCUUCCCCCAUUCCUCAUUUACUUCUCCAAGAAGUCCUCAAACUCCAACAAGCAUACAAACUCCUUUAACUAAGACUCCUUCUUUAAAGUCUUUUACUAUUUCUCCUCUGGUUAGGACAAAUAAGGAUCUGAAUGAACAGGAAGAUGUCAACACCCAUGUUUCCCCUCAAUCGGCUAUAUCAGUCAACUCGCCAAUUCUUUCUUCUUCGGGACGUAAGAAGAGUAAUACUUCAUUAAAUCAUAUUUUCACCUCUAACUCCAACUCGCAUAAAUCUCUCGAAAAUACCAUUAAUAAUUGGCCAAAAGUUGAAGAGGUAGAUAGCAUUGCAGAUUCAGGAGCAGAUAGACAAUUACAAUCUAUACCAUUGGAAGAUUUAGAGCUGUUACCUGCACCACCUCCUAGAAAACAAUCCCUGCCGGGUUCACCCGUUUUACAACCACCAGCAAAGACCACCAAAACCCCUGAACUUCCGGGAACCCCUUUAAAGACCGGGUCGAGAAGAUCCUCAGUUUCUGCGUCUUCGCAAGCAGCCAGGAUUGCAUUUCAAAGCAGUCGCUCACCUUCCACCGACCAUCAUCAGUCAUCGCGUCGCCCUUCUCUUGGUCAAAUUUCCACAUUACAAAGACGUUUUAGUAGUGGAAGCCCUAGUCCUGGCUCUGGCGGAUCCCCUUUACUCAGAAAGACAAGGUCAACUAAUGAAGUAGCUGUAAAUUCUCCAUCGAGCUCUUCUUCAAGACCUUCUUCAGGACCUUCAUCAAGAACUUCAUCAAGAACUUCAUCAUUAAGAUCCCCGUCUUCAACAAACAGCAAUUCUCCAUUGCUGGAGCCACAGAAACAACUCAAGAGACAAAGCCUGCUACGCAGGUCUUCCUCGAUUUCUACCUUAGAUUCGGAUGACUCGACUGCAAGUACUAUCCAAAACCAUGGGGCUGGUGAUGAUACCUUAACCGCAACCCCAACUCUUCUGUUGAAUUCAUUGCCAUCUUCCCGUCACCGCUCAACGGACCUGGUGAAUCAUCUCCCUCUGAUUCCUUCUCAAAGUGCAAGUAGCGUAUCCUUCAAUAGAGUGAGAUAGUCUUUCAAAUAAGUUCAAUGAAUUUUUGCAUUCGUUACCUUUUUUUUUUUUUUUUUU